GUUGAACUUGUAUGACCUAAAUACCCUCUUUUUGUGGAUGGCCUCAGAUCUUCAAUUCCCUUCUCAACCCUCACAACUUCCUUACCCUUAUUCUUCUAUUUCCGAUUUUCUCCCAAUUCCCCGCCAAUUUUCAUCAACUUCUUUUCAAACUCCUUUUUCUUCAUCCUUAAUUCAAAACGCUCUAGUGUCUUUUUCAGCACUACCCACCUCCCAUUUUAUGUUUUUUCCCCAAGAUUCCAAGACCAUGGUUCAAUACCCUUUUGGGAUAUGGUGAACCCCUCAGUUAGAUUGUUUACUCACUUGUAAAUUGCAAUGUAAAGCUGUUCAACAAUAUCAUGGUUCGAUACUCUUUGGGUUAAGCUGAAAAAUCUCCCAGCUUUGUUUCGAUCAAUACAAUUGAGGACCUUUAACAUCCAUGAGCUGGAGAGAGGAUUGAUAUGAUUUCUCUGACUUGUCUUUUGAUAUCUGUAGGAUAUUGCAACUGUGUCUCUGCCAUAAAAUGGUUAUUUAUACCGUAAGCUGAGGAGUGCCACUUCUUGUUGUUGUCAAAGUAGUGAUUUAUAUCUUCAAUGGCUAACCAUGAUUUGAUACUUGGUCAAAGUCACAAUUUGGCACUUGGUCAUGACCAACAAUCAAUGCUUGAUCAUAAUCAUAAUUUGGGCCUCAGCGAGAAUCAUGCAUUGGAACUGGGAUCAGACCAGGAGCAUCGUAUGGACCUAGGAAAAACCCAUGAUCAUGAACUGGGAUCGAAACAUGCCCACGGCCAUGAACAUGAUCAUGAAUUGGGGUUAGGACAGAACCACAAUCAAGAAGGUCAUGAUGUUUUAACUUACGAGCAUGAGCUAGCCAUGGAUCAAAAACCCGAGCAUGAUGACCAUGAGUUGUCCCUUCCUGUACAAGACCACGAGUUGGUCCUAUCGGAGAACAAUGAUCUGACUCUUUCAGAAAGUCAAGGACUUGAUGAGAACAUGGACCUGGCUGUGGUUCAGAACCCAGAAAUGAGCAUUGAUUCUGCCAAUAAUAUGGCUGUUCAUCAGUCACAGUUUAUGGUUUCUUCUGUACCCCAUGUAAUUCAGGCUCGUACAGUCGCUGUAAGUCCAAGUUAUGAAUUGUCAGUGGGCCAAGAAUUUCCUGAUGUCAAGAGUUGCCGAAGGGCUUUGAGGGAUACUGCAAUUGCCCUGCACUUUGAGAUGCAGACUAUAAAAUCUGACAAGACCCGCUUUACUGCUAAAUGUGCUAGUGAAGGAUGUCCCUGGCGCAUUCAUGCAGCGAAGCUCCCGGGGGUUCCAACUUUUACUAUCAGGACUAUUCAUGAGAGUCAUACAUGUGGAGGAAUUUCUCAUCUUGGCCAUCAGCAAGCUUCAGUUCAGUGGGUUGCUAACUCUGUGGAGCAAAGGUUGAAGGAGAACCCUAAUUGCAAGCCAAAGGAGAUAUUGGAAGAGAUUCAUAGGGUUCAUGGUAUCACCUUAUCGUACAAGCAAGCAUGGAGAGGCAAGGAGCGUAUCAUGGCUGCAAUGCGUGGAUCUUUUGAAGAAGGGUAUCGCUUGCUUCCACAAUACUGUGAACAGGUGAAACGCACAAACCCGGGCAGUAUUGCAUCUGUGUAUGCAAGUCCAUCUGAUAAUUGCUUCCAACGUCUCUUUAUUUCUUUUCAAGCAUCUAUUUAUGGCUUCUUAAAUGCAUGUCGGCCACUCUUAGGGCUUGAUAGAACAUAUUUGAAGAGUAAGUAUCUCGGUACGUUACUUCUUGCUACUGGAUUUGAUGGUGAUGGAGCUCUCUUUCCUCUUGCAUUUGGUGUUGUUGAUGAAGAGAAUGAUGAUAAUUGGAUGUGGUUUCUGUCUGAACUUCAUAACCUGCUUGAGAUCAACACUGAAAACAUGCCGAGGCUGACUAUUUUGUCUGAUAGACAGAAGGAAAUUGUGGAUGGCGUUGAAGCAAAUUUUCCUACCGCAUUCCAUGGAUUUUGUAUGCGGCACUUGAGCGACAGCUUCCGUAAGGAAUUUAAUAACACCAUGCUGGUCAAUCUUCUAUGGGAAGCUGCCAAUGCUCUUACUAUAAUUGAAUUUGAAGCUAAAGUUUUGGAAAUUGAAGAGAUAUCACAAGAUGCUGCAUAUUGGAUUCGAAGAGUUCCACCUCGUCUGUGGGCUACUGCUUAUUUUGAGGGGCAGAGGUUUGGUCAUUUGACAGCCAACAUAAUUGAAGCUUUAAACGUUUGGAUUUCGGAGGCAUCUGGGCUUCCAAUAAUUCAAAUGACAGAAUGCAUUAGAAGGCAGCUAAUGACUUGGUUCAACGAGCGCCGAGAGACCAGUAUGCAGUGGACAUCCAUACUUGUUCCUUCUGCCGAGAGACGUGUUGCAGAAGCUCUUGAACGUGCACGCACUUAUCAGGUUCUUCGCGCCAACGAAGCUGAGUUUGAAGUUAUAUCUCAGGAAGGAACUAAUAUAGUUGAUAUAAGGAAUCGGUGCUGUCUUUGUCGUGGUUGGCAGCUUUAUGGCUUGCCCUGUGCACAUGCGGUGGCAGCACUUCUUUCCUGCAGGCAGAAUGUGCAUAGAUUCACAGAAAGCUGUUUCACUGUUGCUACUUAUCGCAAGACAUACUCGCAAACCAUACAUCCAAUUCCUGAUAAAUCACUCUGGAAGGAGUUGUCUGAAGGAAAUUCCAAUGUUAGCCAGGCUCUUGAAGUUAUUAUUAACCCACCUAAAUCACUCAGACCACCUGGACGACCAAGAAAGAAGAGAGUUCGUGCAGAAGACCGCGGGCGUGUUAAAAGAGUGGUGCAUUGUAGUCGCUGCAAUCAAACAGUGAGAACCAUUCCUCGUAUGUUUCACCCCCUGAAACGUGAUUCCAGCUUGUUUGGUUCUCAGCCGGCACUCAACUCAAACUGUGCGUUCGUCCUUGAAAUCAAUUCUAAUCUGAAGCAGCUCUCCCUAGCUUUUCGAUUUUGGGUGAAAUUGAUUCCCCAUGCUGCAGUGCUGGGAAGGUGCCGAUUGCAGAAAAUACCUACCUUCAUUCCUUAUUUUUGCUAAAGAUUGGUCAGAUUCAUUCUCAAACACAACAGUUGGAAGGGCAAAAUCAUUCUUGGCAGCAAAAUUUUAUCAUCUAUUUGGUACAAGUUAAGCUCCUAGACUGCUCUUUUGUCCAUUAACUUAAAACAAAAAAAUUCUGAUAAUAACGAAUAUUGGCUACUUUAGAUAAUAUCUUGAUUGUGUUACCAAACAUCUGAAUAAAGAAUUAUUGUUUUAAAAAAUGCUUCUCUGUUUUGAUAAAAUACAUCGGCAAUAUUGGAUAAAUUGCAUCUCUAUUUUGCUAGUAUUUGAUAUUAAUUAGAAAUUGAAUGUGAAUAAGAAGGAUACUGAUAAUUUGUGUAUGUUGCCUGUCACCAUUUGUUAGCACAUUUUUGCAUUAAAUGAAACAUCCAUAGUAAUAGAAUGAAUUAGAGACGUCACUCUGCUAUUUCUUUCAGCAUGCGCUUAUGGAUCUUAAGACAGCAGUGCUUAUGGAUCUUAAGCAGGAGAUUGUCAAAAAUAUUCCCUUGCUUAUUGGAUUAUGUUAGCAUUUGAUUGGGUAAUGUUCAGCGAGAAGAGUUUUUGCAGGAUUUUUUAUAGCUUGUAGUUGGUGUCAGGGUGAUUAAGAUUGACAAGGGGUAAUUCUGUGUUUUUUACUAUCUUUUGAUUAGUUGUCUUGCAGUAGCAGGAGUAUUAGUAGAUGUUAUCUCCUUGAUUGUGGGUGGUAAUUUAAUUAAUACUUGUUUUGUCAAAAGUAAUUUCUCCUUAAGCACUGAAGUAUUAAAUUAUUAAUUUCAAUUUCUCCACAAGGAAGUCAGCAACAAUAGCUAAUCAUUUUGUUUGUGUGGCAAGUUUGAUGAUACAUACUUAUAUAUGAUGAAAGGUUGCAAUGUAAUUGUGUGCAUAAAACAGCAAGAGGUGAUGGAAAGUUAGGUGUAGUACACUGUGGUGAUGGAAAUUUUCUUAUGUCAAAACAAAAAUAAGAACAGUGAGGUUGAAUAAUAUUAAUCUGGCACAGCUAUUGAUGAAGAGAAGUUGAAGUGGAGGUGAGGCAGGCAGUAAAAGAUUGGAAAAGGCAUGAGUGACUAACACUAGAUGAAGGAGUAUGUUGAUUUUUUUGGUAGUGUAAUUACAGUGGCUGCAUGAGUAAUGAAGCAGUGGUGAGAAGGUGAUGCUGGCAGCAUAAAUAAAGUACAGGCUCUUCAAUUUGUAAUAUCUUAAUGCUUGGUUUGCAAAACACUUGAUGAAGGAGUUUGUGAAUUUUAAACUACUGAUGUAUAAUUGAAUCCUGAUUGAAUAGGAGUUUAUGUGUGUGUCUAUGUGAUAUAUUUGUAGCACUUCUUGUGCUAAAAGUAGUGAUUAAUAAUUGUAUCUUUGCUUGUUCUAUAAUAAAUAAACAAAUAAAGGACAAAAUAAAUGGUA